CGCGCUCCGCUCCGCUCCGCUCCCCGCUCGGCGCUCGGCGCUCGGACCUCCAGGCUCCGUGCUCGGACCUCCAGGCUCCGCGGCUCCCCUCGCGGAGGGCGGCGCGGCCAUGAGGCUGCGGGGACGCGGUCCCCGGGACGCCCCUGCCUCCGGCGCCGCCUCCAGCACGGGGGCCGACGGCGCGCGGCGGCUGGCGCCCCCGGGGCGGAACCCCUUCGUGCACGAGCUGCGCCUCAGCGCCCUGCAGAAGGCCCAGAUCGCGGCCAUGACGCUGACGCUCUUCCCCAUCCGAUUGCUGCUCGCCGCCUUCAUGAUGCUGCUUGCCUGGCCCUUUGCUCUCGUCGCCUCGCUGGGACCCACCGAGCGGGACCCUGAGCAGCCCCUGGCCUUGUGGCGGAAGGUGGUGGACGUCCUGCUGAAGGCCAUCAUGCGUGCCAUGUGGUUUGUCGGUGGCUUCCACUGGGUGACCGUGAAGGGGCGGCAGGCCCUGCCCACCGAGGCGGCCAUCCUCACCCUGGCGCCGCACUCCUCCUACUUCGACGCCAUCCCCGUCACCAUGACCAUGUCCUCCAUUGUGAUGAAGGCGGAGAGCAGAGACAUCCCGAUAUGGGGAACUCUGAUAAAGUACAUACGGCCGGUCUUCGUGUCCCGGUCAGACCAGGAUUCCCGCAGGAGGACCGUGGAGGAGAUCAAGAGACGGGCACAGUCGAACGGCAAGUGGCCACAGAUAAUGAUUUUUCCAGAGGGAACUUGUACCAACAGGACCUGCCUAAUUACCUUCAAGCCUGGUGCCUUCAUUCCGGGAGUUCCGGUGCAGCCUGUGGUUUUGCGGUACCCAAAUCAGCUGGACACUAUCACGUGGACGUGGCAAGGCCCUGGAGCGUUGGAAAUCCUGUGGCUCACACUGUGUCAGUUUCACAAUCAAUUGGAAAUUGAGUUCCUCCCAGUGUACAGCCCCUCAGAGGAGGAGAGGAAGGACCCAGCUCUGUACGCCAACAACGUGCGACGCGUCAUGGCAGAGGCCCUGGGCGUCUCCGUGACCGACUACACCUUCGAGGAUUGCCAGCUGGCCCUAGCGGAGGGACAGCUUCGUCUGCCCGUGGACACCUGCCUCCUAGAAUUUGCCAGGCUGGUGAGGGGCCUGGGUCUAAAACCAGAGAAACUUGAAAAAGACCUGGACAGGUACGCGGAAAGUGCUCGAAUGGCCGGGGGACGGAAGGUCAGCCUCUCAGAGUUUGCGGCGUCCCUGGAAGUCCCCGUCUCAGACACGCUGGGCGACAUGUUUUCCCUGUUUGACGAGAGUGGGAGUGGUGAGAUGGACCCGCGAGAGUAUGUGGUCGCGCUGUCCGUCGUCUGCCGGCCGGCCCAGACCCUGGACACCAUGCAGCUGGCGUUCCAGAUGUACGGCUCUCAGGAGAAUGGCAGCAUAGACGAGGACGCCCUGGCCAGCAUCCUCAAGACGGCCUUAGGGGUGGCGGGACUUGCCGUGACUGACCUCUUCCAGGCCAUCGAUCAGGAAGAGAAGGGGAGCAUCACGUUUGCCGACUUCAGCAGGUUUGCAGAAAUGUACCCCGACUUUGCAGAGGAGUAUCUGUACCCCGACCGGCCGCCCUUUGAGAGCUGUGCACAGACACCCCUGUCUCCCACCCCCAAUGGCUUCUGUGCCGACUUCAGCCCUGAAAACUCGGACGCUGGGAACACAGCUGCUCGGAAGAAACUGGACUAGCACGGCAGGGGCUGGAAUCAGGAGGCCGCUCCCAGUGGUCACCACCCUGCCCCACGUGGCCGCCAGCCACAUCUGCUGUUACCACCUCCGGGUUUCACUCUCUACACAGGCUGCGUGUUCACUGUCCCAGGCCCAAGAUCCAGAGACUGGGGGUGUUUCCACUUUGCUUCUGGGUGAGGUGCUGGCCUGUGGGGCACCCAUGAGAGUUCACUGGGC